CUCCAUUUUGUGUCGCUUCCUCGCUUCGUUUCCGGGCAUGUCGAGAAGUCUCCGGCGCUAGAAAGCACAUUAGCCCAAUCAGCAAAACAGGAUGGCUCCGCGAACGCGUCAACGACAGUGCGCUUAAAUGUUUUCCGUUUCAAAGACGAGCUGUCCAAAGGUCGCCUCGGAAUCCAUCGCCGUCCCGUCGUCAAAACUUGCCGCUGACAGCUGAAAGUAAACAGCUACAUGCUAAACACUUAGCUUCACUUUAGCUUCUCUUUAGCUACAGGGCUAACUUGCAGGCUAAACCGCCGGUGGCCGUGGAGCCCUAAGCGUAGCUGGGUCUCGGUAGCAGGCUAACGUGACUUCUGCCGUUGCUGGUGUUUUAUUUUCUCCUCGCCAGCGGCCUGCUGUUAGAAUUUUAUCCACCGCCAAGGAAGGAAGGAAGGAAGGGUUUGCCACUUUUUUUCCCCCUUCAUGUUGUUUUUGUACCACCUCUUCGUCAAAAUUGGGAGUUUGAGCAUAUUGCAGCAGCAGAGACACUGAAGUACAGUGUACUUAAAUAAUAAUAAGAAGGAGGUACCAACAGAGGGACAGGAUGCCCAUUCCUCCCCCUCCUCCGCCUCCUCCGGGACCCCCGCCUCCUCCAACCUUCCAUGAGUCCAACACCACUCCUCCCAAGCUGAGUUCAUCAGAGACGAAAGGCAGGGGGGCUCUGCUGUCUGACAUCCACAAGGGCGCCAGACUGAGGAAAGUGGGCGUUGUCAAUGACCGCAGCUCCCCCAUUAUCGAGAAAUCUGGAGGAGGAGGAAGUGGUCCUAUGGGAAUGGGGGGCCUCUUCCAAGGAGGUAUGCCAAAGCUGCGACCACAUGGAGAUGGUUCAUCGGGCGGCUCAGUGGGCAGGUCUGCCCUGAGGCCGCCGGGGUCCCGGUCACCGGCCCCCCGCCCUCCGUCGGGCCGCUCAGCGUCACCGUCUCCCCCAGAGCAUCAGCGCUCCCAUCGACCCUCCCUGCCCGACAUCACUCGCCCCCCCAACACCAGCAGCUCCUCCUCGGGCGGCGGCAUGAAGCACAGCACAUCUGCUCCGCCCCCCCCGCCGCCCUUCAACCGGGGCGGCCGCGGCAACGCCCCGCCCACCCCCAACCUGAAGGUGUCGGCGGCCUCGUCCUCUGCGCAGAAGCCCCUGCCGCCUACGCCCAGCCGAGGCCUUGCUCCUUCCAACGCCCUCAAGAACGCCCUGGCUUCAAGCCGGCCCCCCACUAGUGGUUCUUCGGCGCCGCCCCCUCCACCGCCCUACAGGAUGCAAACGUCGCUCUCCAACGGGCCGGCCCAGACCGACGGGGGGGGUGCCCCGGAGCUGCCGCAGAGGCACAACUCGCUGACCAAGAAGCACACGGCACAGGGGCGCAACCAUGCCCCUCCCCCACCGCCAUCCCCGUCGCCAUCCCAGCAGGUUAGCCGACCGCCGCCCCCUGCUAGGGAGCCACCAGGACGCAGAGCAGCCCCCCAGGCACCCCUUUCCGCCGCCCGCAACGGCAAUCGCGACGCCCCUCCACUGCCGCCACCGUACCGUGGCCACAGCUCAGCCCCGUCGGAGCCCCCGGGCCGGGGGGUUAGACCGCCGCAUCCGCCCUCCUUCUCAUCCUCCUCCUUGUCCUCAUCCUCCCGCACCCCCGCUGGACCCCCGCCGCCGCCCCCACCCAUCCGAAACGGGCACUCCGCUGUCUCCAACUCUUCCAAGUCCAUCUUGGAUGAUUUUGAAUCAAAGUUCAACUUCCACCCCAUGGAGGACCUUCCGCCUCCAGAGGAGUAUCGCCAUUUCAACAAGGUCUACCCCAGCAAGAGCGGCAAGGGCAUUUUGCGAGGAGCUCCCCCUGCCCCUCCAGUGGGAAGGUGAACAUCCCACAAACCUCAGGACUUGAACUCAUCAGCCAAGCGUCUGGUCUGGUCUGGUGGGGGAAUGAGGACACACACACACACACACACGCACAACCAAACACUAACCAUGUGGACUUGUCAAGAAGAGAAGACGCCUCAUGAGACUUUUUGACGUUUGUGUUUCUCAAACGUUUUAAGGACCCCAAAAAAACUUCACAAGCAUCCAUAACUGCACAUUCCCUCUUUUGAUAGACUUUUUUUUUUUCUUUCUUUUGUCGGGUGCCAGCAUUGAUCAUGUGGGACACACACGAUCAUGCAUGAAUGUGGGCUCUCUUUUUCCCUCUUAAUUUUUAUUUUUUUAUUUUUUAAAUCGCUCCAGGGUGCGCUUGGAACGACUACAUCCGUGUGCCAAAGGUGGGUGGAGCUUAAUGAUGAACCCAAUCCAAAAGUUGAUUGAUAGACACCUCGUCUGAUUGUUGAGCUUCACAUUCCGUAUGGUGUUUAUUUUGUUUUGGGGGCGGGGUAAUUCCUGUUUUGAGCCCCCCACCCCGCUGUCUUCUGCUAUUCUUAACGGGGGGGUGUUUGUAUACGUAUUUUCAUGUUGCACAGCGGCCAGCAGUCUCGCAUGACACCCAUUUUUGCACUUGCGGGAACAGGUCAUGUAAUAACUGUAAUAACGUGUAAUUAAUGUGUAAUAACUGUGUAAUAACAUCAGAGCCAGCGCCUCGCUUUUGAAUGACUGCGUUUACUGGGCCGCCAUUCGGCUGACUGUAAAGGGAUCGUUUCGGAGGGAGCUGGCAUCCAUCAGCCAGGAAGUGACCAUCAGCUGCUUUUACUAUGCAAGAAUUUGUACAGGUCGUAGUUGCUAGCAGCUAACCAAAAAAGUAAAUAAAAUUUAAAAAAAAAAAAAAACUAAAAAAAGAAACACUAAAGUGCCAGAGAGAGAGAGAGUACGUAGUGGACGGGGAGCGUCUUUUUACGUCACUUUUAAUGAUCAUAAAGCUUAAAAGAAAAAACACUAAAAAACGAUUCACCUGUGAAUCCACAAGAUGAAAAGACAGAGAUGCAGCGCCACCUGCUGCUAGUUGGUUGCCUUACACGCGUCUCGUCCCAUAACGGUACCUGUGCUACUUUUUCUUUUUUUCAAAAAAAAAUAUGUCUAUUUGCAAAUGUAUAUUUACACCAUAGAAUAUGAUAAUCCUAGUUACCAUUGAUCUAUUUUUGUGCUGUACAGAGUGUAAUAUAGGAACAUUCUACUAAGGAGCAGCGCACACUGUCAUCAUCAUCAGGGUCACGCUGGUGUCACGUUUGCCGCCUCACAUGGUUUCCUGUUAAUCAGCCAUCUUUUUAUCACUUGAAAACAUUUUGAAUAAAUAUAUUCCUGGUGGGGAAAAGGGGAA